AUGGCAAUCGUAACUUUAGGGCACAAUGGUAAAAAUCUCUACUACUCUAAAAUGGUUUCCAAUGUGAGUUUAUUUCUGAUGGCUGUAAUAAUUGCCUCGACACAAGCUUCUGAUGGGUUUGAAAGAGAUGAUGGUUUUUAUCGUCAACCAUUUAGAGGAUUCGGUCAGCCAGGCUUCAACCAACCGUUUUUCAACCCCUUAAACCAAGGAUUUUUUGGAGGUGCUGGGAGAUUCUUGGGAGGUGCUCCUGGAUUUUUGGGUGGUGCUCCUGGUUUUGGAGGAAAUCCAUUUUUUGGUGGCAAUCAAUUCUUUGGAAGAGGACGCGGGGGAUUCGAUACCAGAAGAAAAUAAAAAGUUGAACAACACACACAUUCAUUUUAUAAUUUCAUUGUCAUGCUCAAUAAAAUAAUCAUCACUCAA